AAUAUGAGUGUUCGGUUUUGCUCCUCUAUAUAAUGGGCAAGCACAAACACAUUUUACUACUAAUACUCGAAACCGUGGAGAAGAAGAUGGUGAUGGGAGAGAUGUUUGGUCAACUAGGCUCAGUAGCUGCUGGGGCAAUGUUUCUCUGGGCCAUGUUUCAGCAAUACUUCCCUUACCAGCUCCGGCCCUAUAUUGAAAAGUACAGCCACAACUUGGUGAGCUUUGUGUAUCCUUACAUUCAAAUCACUGUCCAGGAGUUCACUGAAAAUAGCUUCAGACGCAAGCGCAGCGAAGCCUAUGCUGCCAUUGAGAACUACCUCAGUGCCAAUUCAUCUACCCGGGCCAAGCGGCUCAAGGCAGAUAUCGUCAAAGACAGCCAAUCUGUAGUCCUCAGCAUGGAUGACUAUGAAGAAGUCACGGAUGAAUUCAAGGGGGUCAAGCUUUGGUGGGCUUCCAAAAAAAAUCCCCCUCCAAUGCAGACCAUUUCUUUUUAUCCUGCUGCUGAUGGGAAGAGGUACUAUAAGCUCACUUUCCAUAAACAGUACCGAGAUUUGAUCGUGGGGUCUUAUCUGAAUCAUGUGAUAAAGGAAGGGAAGGCAAUUGCAGUUAGAAAUCGGCAGCGGAAGCUCUACACUAACAAUCCAAGUCAGAAUUGGUAUGGGUACAAAAAGUCGGUGUGGAGUCAUGUAACCUUUGAGCACCCUGCCACUUUUGAGACUCUAGCAAUGGAGUCAAAGAAGAAGGAGGAAAUUGUUAAUGAUCUCACCAUCUUCCGUACGAGGAAAGAGUAUUAUUCAAAAAUUGGGAAGGCUUGGAAGCGAGGGUAUCUCCUUCAUGGUCCUCCAGGAACUGGCAAGUCAAGCAUGAUUGCUGCCAUGGCAAACCUUUUGAAUUAUGAUAUUUAUGAUCUUGAACUCACUUCAGUUAAGGACAACACGGAGCUGCGGAAGCUACUGAUCGAGACAACGAGUAAGUCCAUCCUUGUGAUAGAGGACAUCGACUGUUCGCUUGACCUCACAGGCCAACGCAAGAAGAAGAAGGAAAAGGAAGAGGAGGACGAAGAGUCCAAGGAUAAUCCAAUUCUUAAGAAGGGGAAAGAAGGUGAAAGCAAAGAAAGCAAGGUUACUCUAUCCGGGCUUCUGAAUUUUAUUGAUGGGCUGUGGUCAGCUUGUGGGGAAGAGAGGCUCAUAGUUUUCACCACCAAUUAUGUGGAAAAACUUGAUCCUGCUCUCAUAAGGAGAGGGAGGAUGGACAAGCACAUAGAAUUAUCCUACUGUUGCUUUGAAGCAUUCAAGGUGCUGGCUAAGAAUUACUUGGAUCUGGACUCCCACCAUUUGUUUGCAAGCAUCCGCAGGUUGUUGGAGGAAACCAAUAUGACUCCUGCUGAUGUUGCGGAAAAUUUGAUGCCCAAGUCCAUCAGUACUGAUGAUCCUGGGACAGCUUGUUUGGAGAAUUUGAUUCAGGCCCUUGAGACCGCCAAGGAAGAAGCGAGGGUGAAGGCCGAGAAGGAAGAGGAAGAGGAGAGGCUAAAGGCCGAGAAAGAAGGGAAGGAGAAGGAGGCAACUGCUGGAGAAGUGAAAGAGAAGGAAAUGUCAGGUGAAGAGGUGAAAGAGAAUGGAGUGUCGGCAGUGAGAGAAAAUGGGGUGAUCCCCAAAGAACCACCAUCUACUUAAUUAAUUUAGGAUAAGCUUUUAGGUUCAGUGUGUUUGUCAUGUAGAAUGAAGCUCUGGGCUAAAUGGACCAACUUCCAUCUGACUCUGGUCUGAUGCAGCUGGUUGUUUGGUUCAAGCUGUCUCUCUUGUUUCUCUUCUUAUUUCUCAGGCAGUGACUGGAAUAAAAGAAUUUCAAUUUUGUUUUAUUUUUAAUAUUA